CCUUGUCCAACUGCAUCUCCUUCUCCAAUCUCCCUGUUUCACUCUUACCCCCAGCGCAUACACUUUCUCACACCCCCGAUUCUCCUGCCCCGUAAUCACAGCUCUGCCUUUACCACCUUCAUUUUCUCUCUCCUCCUUUCUUUUUCCCCAUCUUCAUCCUCAUCGUCAUCCCUUCCCCUAUCUUUUGAUAUAUCACAUUACAUUAUUAUCUAUACCAUUUUUGGGUUUCUAAUUUUUCUUUCUCUUCCCCUUUUUCUGGGUUUUCCCUUUUUUUGGCUAUCUAUCUUUCUUCCUAUGGAUGCGUAAUAAAAGAAGGUGCGAAUUUGAUUGGCCGGAGGUGGUUGUGGCCGGAGAGCGUUUGGUGAUCAGUUUGAAGGAUGGGAAGGGUUAAAUUGAAGAUUAAGAGAUUGGAAAGUAGUAGCAAUCGUCAAGUGACUUAUUCAAAACGGCGUACCGGAAUCAUAAAGAAAGCUAGAGAGCUGGCUAUUUUAUGUGACAUUGACAUUGUUCUGCUCAUGUUCUCUCCCACAGGGAAGUCGACGUUGUUCCUUGGAGAGCGUAGCAACCUCGAACAAGUCAUCACCAAGUUUGCUCAAUUAACUCCACAAGAAAGGGCAAAAAGGAAAUUGGAGAGUCUUGAAGCACUAAAGAAAACUUUUAAGAAGUGUGACCAUGAUGUAAAUAUAGAAGACUUUGUUGCUUCAAGUAGUCAAACGGCUGAGGACCUGGCUAACCAAGUGGGACUAUUGCAAGCACAGAUUUCAGAAGCGCACAAGCGACUGAGCUGUUGGAGUAAUCCUGAUAAGAUAGACAAUGUCGAGCAUCUUCAGCAGAUGGAAAACUCCUUGAAGGAAUCACUUAACCAGAUUCGCUUACACAAGGAUAAUAUUGGAAAACACCAACUUCUGUCUCUAGACUGCAGUAACCAGUUCCAGAAUGGGAUGCAUAUGCCGUUAAUGAUGGGUGGUAUACAAGAAUGUCAGCCAUUAUCAUGGCUUUCGAGUAAUGAGAAUCAACAAAUGUUGUUGUCUGAGGAGCCAAACUUUUUGUCUCACAGAGAUAUGAAGUGCACCAGCGAUGCUUCUCUUUCUGGAUAUUCUGGAUACUACGGCGAUGUCAAAAUAGAAAUGGAUAAUGCCAGACAAUGUGAGAACACAAGACAGGAGUGUAGUAGCUUAAAUGAGCUGACUAAUAAUGCAUGCAUGGGAGUUCAAAUUGGUGAGCAAUAUCCAUACUCCCCAUACGGAAAUAUAAGUCUGCCUGAGGAGAAGAAAGUGAUGCCAGAUAAUGGAAUCAAUUUUCAAGGCAAUCCAGUGGAAUACCAAAUUCCUGGUCAUUUUGAUAUGCCUAGGACUAUGUAUGAUACAAGACCUCAACCAUGGGUUCCUGCUGCUUUGCAAUGUCCCAUUCCUAUGUUCAAUGAAAAUUCAUACCCACAGCCUAAUUUAUGAUUGAGGUACUGGCUCCUCCACAAUAGCCACGAAGGAUAGGACGCUUAGUAGCAGAAGCUUAAAUCCGCAAUGAAGGUCAACUGUAGUAGCAUAAAAGCUCAACUAAUCAAAUCUUAUGUUCUGAGAUAACGCAUUUUAGGAUGUCUGAUUUGGUGGGUUGUUCGGCUUACCGUAACAAUUUCUGUAUAGUAUAAUGUAUAGAAAGUAUAGGUGGAUACAUGUAGCACAUUCUUUACAAAAAAUACAAAGAAAGUCAACUGUGAAUAGGGAAUUUUUCCCCCUUUCAUCCCAUUUUUUUUUUAUCCUCCCAUCAUCUGGGAAAUUUUGCUGAAGGUUUCUAGUGACUGAUCCUGUAAAAUUAGAAUCCUGCACUCUGCAGAGUUUUACUGUAAUCUUAAAUUUAUACUCUGAACUACAGAUUCAAUUUAUUCUUUCUAGCUGAUAAAGGAUAUUGGCAUAAUGCAAUACACAAGUAUGAUAUUGUUCUUCUCUA